AUGGAGCCACUCAAACAUGACUCCAAGAUCAUCAUAGUUGGAGCAGGUGUCUUCGGUCUGUCCACAACACUUUAUCUUCUCAAGCGUGGGUAUACGAAUAUUCACAUCUUCGACCGCCAGCCCUUCCAUCAGAAUCACUACGCAGAGUCUUUAGGCGCUCAUGGAGCAAGCUGUGACAUCAACAAGAUUGUGCGGGCAUCUUAUGGCGGCAGACAAUUAUACCAAGACCUGGCCUUCAAAGCAAUGCCCGAAUGGAAACAAUGGAAUGAAGAGUUAGCUGCAACUCCUCCAUCCGAACUCCCUGCAGCCCUCUCCCCAAACGUCAAGCUUUGGCAUAACUGUGGGUUUCUACGUCUGAGCUCAGAUGGUCUCGACGAAGAAGAGCAAACGACCCAGAGCCAUUUCCCAGCCGACAUCAAGCACACGCAAUAUCGUUUCUCGGAUCCCAGUCGCAGAGAAGAUGCUCGCAAGGCGGGCAUUCCAGCUUCCAAGAUUGAUCCCUUCGGCCAUUUAAAGCGUCAACUACCCACAGAUGGCGUCUUGGAUAUGACCGCAGGCUUCGUACUCGCCAGUCAAGCGUGCACAUGGGCAUUGCAUCUCUGCAUGAAAUCUGGGCAUGUCGAAACGCAUUUCGGUUCCAAUAACGCCCUGUUAUCCCUCAUGAAGGACGGCAAUCGUGUGAACGGAAUCGUGACUGUAGAACAGGAGGCUCACUCCGCAGAUCUAGUGUUCAUAGCUUGCGGUGGAUGGACACCUUCCAUAUUACCAUCUACCGAUCAGCUCCUCGAAACAACAGCUGGUAGCGUCCUCAGCAUCCAGCUGCCAGAAGAUAGACUCGACCUUUGGGAGAAGUACUCCCCAGAGAACUUUCCAGUCUGGAGCUGGAACACAAACAACUACAAGCCAAACUCAAACAUAGGCGGCAUAUACGGCCUCCCCGCCACACCCACAGGCGAAAUCAAAAUCGCCUUCCGCGGAGCAAAAUGGACUUCUUACACGCACCGCACGAAAUCUCAUCAUCCCCUCUCCUAUCCAAAUCCAGACCUCCAUCGCAUUCCCGCGGAAGCCAUGCGAGUUCUCAGAGCAUUCUGCGAGUCCAACAUGCCCGAUCUCCUCUCCCUAGACCUAUCAAACAUCAGAUUGUGUUGGUACACGGACAGCGUAGACAAUUCCUUCUUGAUAGACCACGUUCCCAACACUCCAGGUCUGGUUGUAGCGAGCGGAGGUUCCGGUCAUGGCUUCAAAUUCCUUCCAGUCCUUGGAGAGCACACUGUCGAUGUGAUUGAGAAGCGAGAAACGCCUUACACUAGACUUUUCAAGUGGAGACCGAUGCCCCAAGGAAAGAGGAACGGGCUUGAAGAAGGCCCACAAGGCUGGCGGAACCUGUCCAAACAAAAACUGACGGGAAACGAGCAGUGGAGGCGGCGCGACCAGGCGACAGCCAAGCUGUAA